AUGGAUGUUGUGCUCGUGGAUUUUAGAGGAAAAAAAAAGAGAAUAGUUAACAAUGUCCUUAAAAUCCCUAUCAGCAGAAAUCUCCCGCCGGAUAAAAUAUUCUGGGUUCACAACAAAAACGAUUAUUAUUCGGUGAAGUCGGGAUAUUACCAAGCGUGUAAGAUCAUCAAUAGGAACUCAGCUUCUUCUUCCUCCAGCUCCCCAGACAACGGUCUCUGGUCCAGAAUAUGGCGCAUUUCGGUUCAACCCAAAGUUCGUCACUUUCUGUGGCGAGUUUUGCAUGAAUCACUCCCAUGCAACGUAAAGCUUUCUCAACGCCUCCCUGCUUUUUCUAAGUUGUGUCCGAGAUGUGGUUGUGACGAUGAAACUCAGCUGCAUGCGCUAAAAGGCUGUGAGAUUGUGAGAGGCCUCUGGUUAACAUCUCCUCUAAAUUUGCGUGUUGACAAGAUUGAGUGCAAUAAUGUGGGAGAAUGGCUAUCUCAGAUGUUUACCAUUCUAAAGGAAGCAGAUUUAAAGACCUGUAUCUUCUUCGAAUGGGAACCUCCAGGCCCUAGGGACGUGAAGCUUAAUACCGAUGUUGCUAUUUCAAUAGCAGGCCAGUUUUCAGUCGCAGGGGCUGUUUGCAGAGUUGCUGAUGGGAGUGUUAUCAGAUGGGGAGUUAAGCGUUUGGAGGGCAUUACUGACGUCGAACAAACUGAAGCACAAGCUGUGUUGUUUGGCCUGCAGGUAGCAGUAGAUAUCCCACGCCGCCUUAUUUGCGAGGCAGACUCUGCUACCGUCAUCAGCAGAUUACAAGACCCUUCGAAAGCCAUUGAUCCCACCCAGCUCAUUAUUGACGAUUGUUUAGAUGCAGUCCGGGACCGAGAUGCUACUUUCAGGCAUGUUCGUCGACAGUGUAACCAUGUUGCACACACCCUCGCUAAAUGGGGUAUUUUUAUUGGCAAAGAUUGUAUUGCUAACAGGAAUAUCCCUUUUCCGGUUAAUAAACUUAUUAAUAUUCUUGUUUGA